CGAGCUUAGUAAGACGUUUGUUUACGUUUUCAUGUGGGCGUUUGCCGUAAAGGAGGAGGCGGCGUCGCCCAAGCUCUACAGCUGUCGUAAAAUGUGCCAAUUUGCGGCAUUUUCACAGGUUAGGGCGUCUUCAUCAGCGACAUGGCAUCAGCUGCAACACAACAGCCCACCCUGACUGUUGAACAAACCAGAGUGGUGUUGAGUGAGGUGAUCCAGGCCUUCUCAGUACCAGAAAAUGCUGCCCGGAUGGAGGAGGCGCGAGAGAGCGCCUGCAACGACAUGGGCAAGAUGCUGCAGCUCGUGCUCCCUGUGGCCACCCAGAUUCAACAGGAGGUUAUCAAAGCCUACGGAUUCAACAACGAGGGAGAAGGUGUCCUGAAGUUUGCCAGACUAGUGAAGAUGUUUGAAACCCAGGACCCUGAAAUUGCAGCCAUGUCUUCUAAACUGAAGUCGCUCCUCCUUCCACCUCUGUCAACACCACCUAUAGGUGGCGCUAUUCCAGCUUCAUAGGAAUUUUUCACAACAGGUUCAACUGCAAAUGUGUACCGUUCAAUGGUUUGGGUCACCUCAUGGCCAUCAUCCAUUUCCAUCUUUUUGUGGAGAAAAUCUUUCAAAACUAACCCAUUUCCACAAUCAAGCUAUUUAUUUGAGUUGGACUUAAUGCAUCCUUGCCAAUUGUUUUUGCUCAACUAUUGCUUAAACGUGUAUUUAUUUGCUACAUGUAACAUUACCUUUUUUCUAAUUUCAUCAUCUUUUGUAUCAUUUUAUAUACUGUCAAAUGUCCAUUUUGUUAUACUGUAAAAAUAAAUGUUUUCUCUGAAACUGUGGUAUUGAGAGACGAUUUGAGGAAAAUGGUUUCAGUACAUACUUUAUUAAUGCAUUACAUUUUCAUAAUUCAACCAUGUUUUUAAAAACAAUUGGACACACUUGUAUGUAUAAAGUUUCUCAAAAAUAACUUCAAACCAAACCGGUAGUGUUUUUCUAGUUAAGACUACGAUGGUUCCCUCAAAAUCUGAGUGCAUUUGCUCCCGUCUGUGUUUUCAUUUUCAAAGCAUGCACACAGUGUUCUGACAAAGUGACCCAGAUUCUGUAAUAUUCUGGGUAAGAAUGCCACAUAGUUAUGUAUACAUGGAUAAAGUGUCUCUAGCUUUUUAAAACACAUACAGUGCAAAAAUCAGUGCUGCCUGCACCCAGUAACCUCGCAGACGGUGAGCUUUCUCCUGAACAUUUCGUUUCCUGUGAACAUUUCUCCCGCAGCUGUUUGGAUGUAAUGUGCAAAAACAAAGUGCUUUAGGGGAUAAAUGUUAUUUAGACAUUUCCACCAGCAGCUAGCAAACAACUGUGCCAGUGUAAAAGACAUUGUAUAAGUACAUGAAUAAAGUCGUGGAGUCCGAUACUGAG